AUGAGGAAGGGCAACGACUUUGAAUUGGAAGAAGCAAGGUUGAGGUUAUUAGAGUCUAGAGGAAUGGGGGCUAGGGAUGUCGUGGUGGUGGAUAAAAGAAGGAGGGAGCUUGAGGAGGAGAGAAUGGAGGAGGUUCGAGAAGUGUGUGGUAAUGGACUCUGCAUGAAAACUACCAAAGUCGAAGCAAAGCUCGACCAAGGAAAUAUCCAUGAGGCUGAAUCUUCAUUGCGGGAGGGUUUAUCCCUCAAUUUCGAGGAAGCACGAGCCCUUCUUGGAAGGCUGGAAUAUCAAAGGGGAAAUGUGGAAGGCGCUCUUCGUGUGUUUGACGGUAUUGAUCUUCAAGCAGCUAUACAGAGGUUGCAACCCCUUGCUCACAGACAGUCCUCAAAGAAGGGCCGUUUGCGCACUGAUUCAACACACACAAUCUCGCAGCAUGCUGCUAGCCUGGUACUUGAGGCUAUAUAUUUAAAAGCCAAGUCUCUUCAAAAGCUUGGUAGAGUAACUGAGGCUGCUCAUGAGUGUAAAAGUGUUCUUGAUGCUGUGGAGAAGAUAUUCUAUCAUGGUAUACCAGAUGUGCUAGUGGACAACAAGUUGCAAGAGACAGUUUGCUAUGCUGUAGAGCUUCUUCCAGAGCUCUGGAAGCAGGCUGGUUGCGAUCAUGAAGCAAUGUUCGCUUACCGACGAGCCCUCCUUAGUCAAUGGAACCUUGAAAAUAACUGCUGUGCAAGGAUUCAGAAGGGAUUUGCCAUGUUUUUGCUGUACGGUGGAGUGGAGGCUGGCCCACCUAGUCUAGCUGUUCAAAUUGAUGGAUCAUAUGUACCUAGAAACAAUCUGGAAGAGGCAAUUCUACUUCUGAUGAUUCUUAUGAGGAAGUCAUACCUUGGUAAGAUUGAAUGGGAUCCAUCAGUGGUGGAGCACCUCACAUUGCUGUCUUUGUGCAGCCAGACUUCUGUUCUAGCGAAACAACUUGAAAAGGCCAUGCCUGGUGUCUUUCAUCGUGUCGACCGUUGGAAAGUGAUGGCAUUUUGCUAUAGUGGAGCAGGACUAAAUAAGGUUGCCUUGAAUCUAUUGAGGAAGUCUCUACACAAUCAUGAAAAACCAGAUGAUCUAACAUGUUUGUUGUUGGCUGCCAAAAUCUGCAGUGAGGAUACCCUUCUUGCUGUUGAGGGCAUGGGAUAUGCACAAAGGGCUAUUGUGAAUGCGUUGGGGGUAAAUGAACACCUAAAAGGUGUUGGCCUUCGCAUGUUAGGUCUUUGUUUGGGGAAGCAAUCCAAAGUCUCUUCUUCAGACUUUGAGAGGUCUCAUCUUCAGUCUGAAGCAUUAAAAUCAUUAGAUGGCGCAAUUGAUCUCGAGUGUAACAACUCUGACCUGAUUUUUGAGUUGGGAGUCCAUUAUGCAGAGCACCGGAAUUUGAAUGCAGCUUUGCACUAUUCCACGCAGUUCAUUGAUGCGACAGGUGGAUCCAUACUAAAAGGUUGGAGAUUGCUUGCCUUGGUUUUGUCUGCUCAGCAACGAUUUUCAGAGGCUGAAGUGGUCACUGAUGCUGCUUUAGAUGAGACUUCAAAAUGGGAGCAAGGACCACUGCUUAGGAUGAAAGCAAAGUUGAAAAUUGCCCAGUCAUUACCCAUGGAUGCAAUUGAAACUUAUCGCUAUCUCCUGGCAUUGGUUCAAGCCCAGAGGAAAUCAUUUGGGCCUCUCCGAAGUCUGCCUCAGAUUGAGGAUGAUAAAGUCAAUGAAUUUGAAGUUUGGCAUGGUCUUGCAAACUUAUACUCCAGCCUUUCACAUUGGAAGGAUGCAGAAAUAUGCUUAGAAAAAGCUAGAGCCCUUUUUGAGUACUCUGCUGAAAUGAUGCAUACUGAGGGUAUUAUAUGCGAAGAACGGGGAAAAAUCAACGAAGCUUUGGCUGCUUAUAUAAAUGCGCUUUUACUAGAACCAGGUUAUGUGCCUUGCAAGGUCUUGAUUGGUGCAGUAUUGUCAAAGAUGGGCUCAAAGGUCUUGCCGGCGGCAAGGAGCAUACUCUCAGAUGCAUUGAGGAUACAACCGAAUCACAUGGCUUGGUAUUAUUUGGGAUUGGUUCACAGAGAUGAUGGGCGGAUAGGUGAUGCAAUAGACUGCUUCCAGGCAGCCUCCAUGCUCAAUGAAUCUGAUCCCAUUGAAAGCUUCAGCUCUAUUUUUUAACUGAUUCUCAUUAAUCAAAGGUUUGAACCGUCAUUUUUCUUAACUGUUUCUUCUCCAGCUUGGUGCACUAUGUCACAACAGUUCGCAUCCUUCCUUGCAGCUCAAUGGAUAUGGAGGGUUUCAGGGAUGCUGUCAUUCUUUUUAGUUUUCAGUCGCAUAUGCGUCUUGUAAUCAUUUAAUCACAGGACAACAUAAGAAAGGAAAAGAGAAAAAGAAAGGAAACUAUAAUUUGAGCUGUGAUGGGGAGUAUAGUUGGAGAAUAUGGAGAAGUAGAUUUAGGUUAUUGAUAUUUGAUUAUAGGAUGGAUGUGAUGUGGACAGGUUAUGCCAGUGCAGUUUGUAGCGAUGCAUUUUUUUCUAGUCCCAUGGUUUGGAUCUGGUAUUUCACUUCACAAAUACAAGAUCGAAACACAGCAUAAAUACUUGUUGUUCAACAGUGAAUCCUUUGGAUAUAGGUGGAGCAUUUAUUCAUUGUCUUUGCUAUGUGCUCAUUGAAUUUUGCUACGUGGUAAUUCUUGGAGGUCUCA